AUGGCUGCCAGUCUCGUAGCUUUCCGGCCGAUCGGAGUCCCCGCAUGCGCCACCGGAGGUCACUGGAAACCUGACACACACCGCCGGAAAAGCGCGUCUUCCAACUGGUGGACCCCACUCUUCGGCUGGUCCUCCGAACCCGACUACAUUGACUCCGCCGAUCGCACCAACGCCGAUCUCUCUGCGAUGUCGGAGAGCAAGACGGCCUCCGAUCUAGACCAGAAGUCGGUCAGAUCUCGGUUCUCGCCGGGCUGCUUCACAGAAGAGAAGGCCAGGCAGCUCCGGCUGAUGACCAAGGAAACGUCGUCGUUCCACGACGUCAUGUACCACUCCGCUAUCGCCUCACGCCUAGCUUCCGACUUCCCGAAUUCGUCCGAUCGGUGA